AUGGCGAAACCUACUCUGGAUGGCCUUCCAAUUGAGCUACGAGUUUCUAUUCUGCGUGAGGUCUCUGAUUUCACAUCACUCCGAGCGCUUUUAUUAGCAUCCCGCGAGUAUUAUCGAGCCUACGAUAAUAUACGACCAAGGAUUCUUUUCGAACUUCUAUUUCGUCAAUACAACGGUCAGGUCGAUUUUGUUGAAUCUCUAACAACAAUUCGGUCUAAAGGUCUAUGGGCCGAGGAUGCAAAAAACACCGAAGAUAUUAUUGCACUCCUCGAUUUCCGGCGAAGAGCUUCUAAGGAGGGGAACUUACCGAAAUAUGACCAUGAUUCACUGACUAUUAAGGAGCUUGUACAACUUCUUAAGUUGCAUGAAACGGCAAGCUUUUUGCUAGAGGAUUAUUCUAAAAGCUUAGAGCAACCGGACUGGUGGCAAUCAGGUACACAUGGGGUUUGGAAGCCUGUGCGAUUCUCGUCCAAUGAACGAACUCGCUUCUUUAGGGCCUUCUACCGUCUCCAAACAUGGUGUCACAUUUUUGGGCACAUGGAAUAUUACCCCAUACGCCCAACGCGAGAAACAGACCAGUUCAUAAACGAUUGGUAUGGGAAGACAUUUUCUGCUGCCGACGCAUGGCGUCUUCUGUGGGGAACUAUGCCACCCUGGGAAGUUGAGGAAGUGGGAUGCAUAUGGCUGUAUUGUGAUAACAAGUACUUGAAAAUCUUCGAGGAGAUCAGAGACACGCUUCUCGAGAGAUUCGUUCCGCGUUAUCCCGGUGCCCCACCUACCGUCGAAAACCAUUUGGAUGGGGAUCUUGUACCGGAAGGCACACCGAUGUCGAGUAUAGACGAACUUGAAAGUGAGCGUGCCCAUAUUCCACGGAUCCAACCUAUUCAAAAUACUAACUUUCUCUCAUUCGCAGGUAUGGAUGGAUGUUCCCGGAGAGACGAAAUGAUUGCUAUCGGUCUCUGCUUCUUUGCUAAAGUCCUACGCUCAAAUAACGAGGAGAGAGAAAAGGCAAUACUAAACAAUCUUCGACGUCCCUUUUGGACCUCUGUAGACAGGGAGUUGUGGCAGAUCGGGAGAUUGGGCAACAACGAGAGACUACCUCUUUUAUCGCCGGCUGAUCGCUAUGAACGUGAAGAUCUCGCGGAUGUUAUUUCUUCCUGGCCGCUUUUAGAGCAACCAAAUCAAGCCUGGAUAAAAUAUUGGUGCGCCGGGACACCUCUUCACCCAGAUAUAUGGCUAAUAUACCCCCUUGGACAUGGUGUCCCAACGUGUGCGUUGGAUACAGGCGAAUGGGACUGGGGAUAUGUUUUGUGGGAUACAGAGCGUAUCUUGCAAUGGAACCCCCCAGUUUUGGAACAAGAUUUCGAUCCCUGGCAGACGUUCACCCGCAGAGAUACAUAG